AGUUUUAAAGUUGUAAAGACUGAAGCUGGAGGAACUCACCGUUUGGCGAAAACUGGGUCAGGAUUUCCCAAACUCCCUUCGGAUAAAAACCCAAACAGCAGAGAAGAGUAAAUUCCUAGUAUACUCAAAGAAGAUUAUGUGAAGACUGCUUCUGGAAUCAAAAGGCAUGGAUCUCAGCAGUGACUACCAUUUCCUCAAUCAGAUUUUGUGGAGAAGGGUGAAACUCACAUUAGUCUGUGGCAUCUUUGAGGGAGUGCUCCAGCAUGUGGACCCUAACAAGAUUGUUGUCCUGAAGAAAGUGAAGAAUGUGGAGACUGGUCGAAGUAUCCCAGGAGUGAAGAUGUUUUUUGGCCAUGAGAUUGUGAAUGUGGAGCUACUGGAUGAAGCAGGACAAACUUCAUUGGGAGAAAAGUCAUCCUCUGUUAGUCCAAAUACAGAGAGCACCAGGAUGGAUAAAAUGAAAAAUGAAGACCUAAGUGUAUGUGAGCUUCCUUCUCCUGCUUUUGAGGCACCAACCACCUCUCUCCUGAAUGACCUCAAGUACAGCCUGUCGGAGGAAGAAGAGGUGACAUACACAGUCGUUGAUCAGUUCCAGCAGAAGUUUGGUGCCGCAAUGCUCCACAUCAAGAAGCAGAGUGUCUUGGGUGUGGCUGCAGAAGGAGCAAAUGUUUGUCGUCAUGGGAAACUAUGCUGGCUUCAGGUGGCUACAAAUAGUCGUGUCUACUUAUUUGACAUUUUCCUGCUGGGAAGUCGUGCUUUCAACAAUGGACUACAGAUGGUGUUAGAAGACAAGAGAAUUUUGAAGGUUAUCCAUGAUUGUCGUUGCCUUUCUGAUUGCCUCUCUCAUCAGUAUGGAAUUGUGCUGAAUAAUGUCUUCGAUACACAGGUGGCAGAUGUCCUUCAAUUUUCCGUGGAAACAGGUGGCUUUCUUCCAAACUGCAUCAGUACUUUACAGGAGAGUUUAAUAAGACACCUUAAAGUAGCCCCUAAAUAUCUUUCCUUUCUGGAAGAGAGACAGAAACUGAUUCGGGAGAAUACAGAAGUGUGGUUUACACGACCUCUUCCACCCUCCUUACUGAAAAUUUUGGCUCUAGAAGCCACCUACCUGCUACCCCUUCGCCUGGUGCUCUUAGACGAGAUGAUGUCUGACCUAACCACCCUGGUGGAUGGGUACCUGAACACCUACCGAGAAGGGUCUGCUGACUGGCUGGGAGGCGCGGAGCCUGCAUCUAUGGAGCUUCCAGAGGAACUGCUUCAACUCAAGGACUUCCAGAAGCAGCGCAGAGAGAAAGCCACAAAAGAAUAUAGGAUGAAUGCACAGGGACUCUUAAUAAGGACAGUGCUGCAUCCAAAGAAAUCAGUGAUAGACAUGACAAGGAGAGAGCAAAAAGUAAGAAGUUUCUUACUUUGUGAAAAUUCUAGGCUAGAUAAAGCUCUAAGUUUUACAUCCAAUGAAGAUGGAAAUUUGCUGAAAGAAGAAGCAAAGAGUAGAAAAACAACAGCAGAACUUCCACAUUUACCUCCCAUAAAACAAGAAGCCCAUGAGGAUUCCAGUAACAAAAUCAUUUGCCCUGAGUCAGAGAGGUCGGAAGACCAGGAAACAAAUAAGAAGGAACACCUGAUGAUUUUCAAAAAGGAAUUUCAAGCAAAUUUAUCUUUGAAAGAGGAGAUAGAACAAUUACUGAUGUUGGAAAACAAGGAAGAUGUGAAAUGCACAAAACAAGAUGGCUUAGUGUCUCCUUCCCUUCCUCAGGAAACCAGAGUGUCUCCAAGUGACACGUUUCAUCUUUUUAGAAAAGCUGUGCUUCCUACACUUCCUCCCUGUCCAGCUUUGGAGGAGACUGAUUCCUGGAUAAGUUCUUCAUCAGAUCUGCCUUAGAGAUCUACAGUUUGUUCUGCAGGCCACAGACGUGGCUCAUCUCCCUUACCAUCACAGCUUUCCUCGGUGUUUAAGUUUCUCAUGUUAUAAAUUUAGUUAUGCCUCACUCAUAGGCUUCAGGGGGAAUUAAAUUUUUAAUUUAAUUUUGUUUAAAGAUUUUUGAAAAAAUUGUUUUUACCUACCGAUUUAUUUUAAUCCUCACUUGAAGCUAUUUUUUAUUGAUUUUAGAGAGAGAGCAAGGGAGAGAGAGAGAGAGGGAGAGAGAAACAUUGUUUUGUUGUUCCACCCAUCUAUGCAUUCAUUGGUUGGUUCCCAUGCAACCCAGGAUGGAACCUACAGCCUGGGUGUAUUGGCAUGGUGCUCUAACCAACUGAGCUAUAGGGGUAGGCCUACAGGGGAAAUGAUAUCCUCUUGCUUACUCCUACAUUUCUGUGAUUUGAUUAGGAUAGGAAUGAGUAAGUUAAAUAAUGAAAGAAGUAAAAUUUCUGAUUGUGUCACUGGCAGAAGAAAUGUCCCCAGUGGCCAGAGUGAAUUAUUUCUCAUCACUUGGGUUUAGAGUGUUUGAAGAAGGGGAAAAUCUUGGGUUUAAUAUUUUGAAGAAUCUAUGCUUCUAUGUUUUUGUUGUGUUUUAGGGGCUGA